UGAUAUUUAUUGUCAAAGUUGAAAAAAAAUUGAAAUUUUGAUCAUUUUUCCAAUGAAAUGAAUCAAAAUUAAUAGAUGCUGAUUGAGGUUAAAACAGUAAUUUGAUUAGUAAAUAAUUUUAUUAUAUGAAAAUGAGCACGAAUUCAUCAAUUGCCAAUAAAACUGGGUUAAUGUGGCAACAACAAGUAUUUGCACUUGAUGCAAAAUAUAAUUCACGUAGAGCUUCUGGUCAGCCGGGAUUCGGCUUACUAUAUCUUCGACGACGAAAUCAGCUUCUACGUGAAAAAAACCCAGCAAACACAGAAACUCGAUUAUCAUAUGUGAAAUUAAGAGCUGAACUAUUUAAUUUACGCUAUGGAUCACCAUCUGACUGCGUAAGUUUAUCAUCUCGUGCAUCAAUAGAUGGAAUUUCGGAAAGCAGUAUAAUAAAAGAAAGAUCAAUAAAAAAAUCAACAGCAGAAAGCUUUGCUUUUGCUGGCGUUCAUCAUGUAUUUGAUCAACAUAAAGGUGCGAUAACUUCGCUAAAAUUCGCUAAUAAUGAUCGAUCAAGGCUCUGCUGCGCUUCAUUUGACGGUACAAUCACGAUAUGUGAUGUAACAAGCACGCCACCUAAAAUUUUGGUUCGAUUAGAGGAUCAUAAAAAGGGUGUCACUGCAAUAGAUUGGAGCAUUAGUAAUGAUUUUAUAGUUUCUUCAUCUCUAGAUGCUACUGUAAGACUUUGGGGUAUCACUGAAGAUUCUACUACUGUUUGCUUACGAACUGUAGGCGAUCAAGUUCGAUCCGAAGUACUCUGUUGUGGUUUUGUACCGGCUAAUAACAAUUUAGUUAUCACAGGUAACGCUGUAGGACUUCUUCAAGUCCUUAAUAUUUCAACUGGAAUCUAUCCUCGUGGAGGAACAUCUAAAAUUGGUGGAAAGGUUUUAUCACUGACUUGUGAAGAAAGUGGUGGAUCACUCAUUUGGGCCGGAAACGAUAAAGGUAUUAUUGUAUCACUAAGAUUAGAAUCAGGCUCUGGACGACUAUCUAAGUUGAGAAGAAUUGAAACUGUGGGUAACGCUGCUAUCACAAGCUUAUCUUGGAGAUCAUGGUUAUCAAGAGAUGCCCCAUCACCAACGCUUCUUAUCAGCAGUGCAUGCAAUGCUGUUUUUCUCUAUCGAGUCACCGAUCUUCAGGGUACUCUGAAAAUCUGGAGAAAUUAUCCGUUGAAGCAUAGGCAAUAUCUAGUGAGAUCAACGUUCUGUCCGCAAAUGGGCGCGUGCUUAAUAGCCAGUGGAUCAGAAGAUGGUUCGGUUCAUCUAUUGGAUACCUCACGUGAUGGCAAAGCUGCACAGGUUAAUAGACUACAUGGACAUUCCGCCCCAAUUCUCGCCCUCAGCUUUAACUACGACGAAUCACAUCUUGCUACUGGUGAUCAUCAGGGUCUUAUUAUUAUUUGGCGGAAUUAAAUUAUAAAUAAUUUUUUUUUUUCUAAAUUAAAGUAUCUGAUAAAUUAUAAAAAAAUAAUAUUUAUAUAAAUUAAUCUGUUUAUAAAUUACAUCAACGUAUUUGUACCUCUAUAAAAUCAAAAAAGUUAAACUAGAAAAAUACUAUUUCUAAAACCUUAGUGUUGUAAAUAAAUAAAACUUAAAGAUGGGUUACACAAAAAAUACCAUAAUUUAGCAAUAUAUUAAUCAUCCUCUAUUGAAAUAAUAUCCUACAAAUUGUAGCGACGGUGCGUUCGGUGUUUUUAAUUUUAACAAUAUCUAGCGUAUUAAUAACAAUAGUCAUAAUCGCUAUCUUAAAAUAAAAAUAUUUUAUUCGUUACUAAUCGCUUUACCUGCAAAAAUUACAGUAUUUUGACAUUUUGUAUUCUAACUUUCAUCUGUACAAAGAAAAAUUAUUUCAUUUUUCUUAUUAUUGUUUUCAUAUUAAUAGUAAAGAAGUAAAAAAAACCUUUUUUUUUUCUUUUUUUUUUUUUUUUUUCUAAGACGAUUGUCUGAUGUAAUUUUAUUUCUUUUUAAAAUUAAAUUUUCUACACGUUCCGAAUAAAAUAUUCAAUAUAAAUAAUCUAACAUAAAUAAUCAUUUUCAUGUGAAAUUGAUGUCAAUUUGAAAGAUUAAAAAGUUAACUAUACAUAUUAUAUAUUAUAACGACAAAAAAUAUCAAUUCAACAUAUUUUCUUAAUGUGCAAAUUAAUUAUACUACAAUAUAAAACUCUUUAAUAAA